GAAUGCAGAUCUUUGUGAGGACCCCCACCGGGACGACGAUUUGCCUCAGUGUCCAACCAUCAGAUACCUUGUAUGCCGUUAAGCAAAAGAUAUUGGAACGCCACCACCUUGCCUUUGAUGGAGUGCUGCUGGAGGAUAACCUUACAUUGGCUGAUUAUAACAUCGAACAUCAAUCCACGCUCGACCUCCAAGAAAAGAUGCAAAUCUAUGUAAGGGAGACACUAAAUGGCAUGACUUUCAUUCUUGAGGUUGAUAGCUUAGAUACUAUCGAUAGCAUAAAGGACAAGAUUGAAGAUACCGAGGGGUUUCCCAAGAGCCUGCAGUGCCUCAUCUUUGCCAACAAACAGCUGGAGGGCAAGCGCACCCUGGCGGACCACAACAUCUGCAAGGACUCCACCCUUCUCCUCGUCCUCCACCCAUGCCCGAGAGGCACGAUGCAGAUUUUUGUGAAGAUGCUAGAUGGAAAGACCCCCACUUUUCAGGUCGAGAGAUCGUAUACCGUCAGCUAUGUCAAGAUGAAGAUCUAUGAGAUGGAGGGCAUCCGCCCCAUACAGCAACGCCUCAUCUUUGCCGGCCAGCAACUGCAGGGCAGGCGCACCCUGGCGGACUAUAACAUUCAGAAGGAGUGUACCCUCCAUCUGGUACUCUGCCUUUGUGGUUGUUGACGAGACUGAUGCCAUGCAAGGUCAUCCAACAACGAGAGUUCUUUUGCUGAA